GGUUGCCUGGGAUCAACUGAUUUUUUCUCGCAAGCUCGAAAAAAUAAAUCUGGAUUGCCAAUCCAGAUUACCGAUAUAUCUGGCUUCAAGUAAUUUAUCACGAGAAGGCAGGGAUUUGAAAAAAGAAAAUUUAGUUAACGAACUAAUUUUGUCUUCGAGUGAUUUAUCACGAGAAGAUAAAGAAAAUUUGGCUAGCAAACUAAUUCUGCCUGAGCCGGCUCAUGAUUUAUUACAAGAAGGUAAAGAUUUAAAUGCAUUUUAUGAAAAAGAAGCUAUUCGUGAUAAAAAAAAUAUAGCCAAAUAUCUGCAUAUACUAGCUAAGUAA